AUGGCUUUCGUGAGCGACAUACUUGAACUUGUUCCCAGAGAGCCCUUGGCAUUCACUGUUGCGUUGGGUGGUUUUUCUCUGCUGUUGCUCGUCUUCUUCCUUGGAAAAUUCAACAGCUUCCUCUGGAGCAAGAAAUCUGAGCUUCCUCCAGUGCCAGAGGUUAGAGGGCGACUACCCCUGAUUGGCAAUCUGCUGCAACUGAAGGAGAAGAAACCUUACAAGACGUUCACGCAGUGGGCUGAGCAAUAUGGACCCGUUUAUUCCAUCCGAACCGGUGCCUCCACCCUUGUUGUUCUCAACACCACCGAAGUGGCCAAGGAGGCGAUGGUGACCAGAUAUUCCUCCAUUUCAUCAAAGAAGCUAUCAAAUGCGCUUAAAGUUCUGACUUAUAAUAAAUGCAUGGUUGCCAUGAGUGAUUACGAUGAUUUUCAUAAAAUCAUCAAAAAACAUAUUCUCACAAGCGUUCUUGGGGCGAAUGCACAGAAACAACACCGAGGCCACAGAGAAGCCAUGAUGGACAACAUGUCAAAGCAAUUGAAUGAGCAUGUGAACGCCUCCCCUAAUCAAGCUGUAAAUUUCAGGGAUAUAUUUGCAUCCGAACUCUUUGGACUCUCCCUAAAGCUAGCGUUGGGAGAAGUUGUAGAUGCAAUUUUUGUGGAGGAGCUCGGCAAGACCUUAACAAAAGAUGAUUUAUACAAGAUUCUAGUACUUGACUUGAUGGAGGGUGCAAUUGAGGUGGAUUGGCGCGAUUUUUUCCCGUACCUAAAAUGGAUUCCAAACAAAAGCCAUGAGGAGAAGAUUCGAGGAAUCGAUUUUCGCAGAAAAGCUGUUAUGAGGGCAUUGCUGGACAAGCAGAAGAAGCGAAUUGAAUCUGGGAGGGAAGUAAACUGUUACAUUGACUAUCUGUUUUCAUCAUCGGAACUAACCGAAGACCAAAUUCUUAUGCUGCUCUGGGAAACCAUUGUUGAGACAUCAGAUACCACAUUAGUGACUUCAGAAUGGGCUAUGUAUGAACUCGCUAGGGAUAAAAGUCGACAGGAACGACUGUAUCAUGAACUCCAAAAUGUUUGUGGACAUAACAAGGUCACCGAAGAAGAAUUAUCAAAACUGCGAUAUCUGGGGGCUGUUUUCCAUGAAACCUUGAGGAGGCAUAGUCCUGUUCCAAUUGUGCCUCUGAGAUACGUCCACGAGGACACCCAAUUGGGAGGAUAUCACAUUCCCGCAGGAAUCGAGAUAACGGUAAAUAUUUAUGGAUGUAACAUGGAUAAGAACAAGUGGGAGGAUUCUUCCGAGUGGAAGCCGGAGAGAUUUCUGGAUGGGAGCUAUGACACGACGGAUUUGUACAAGACAAUGGCGUUUGGAGCAGGAAAGAGGGUGUGCACAGGCAGCCUUCAGGCUACUUUAAUAGCCUGCGUUGCAAUUGGCAGAUUUGUUCAGGAGUUUGAGUGGGAGCUCAGUGAAGGGGCAGAAGAAAAUGUGGAUACUGUGGGCCUCACCACACACAGGCUCCACCCACUGCAUGUGAAAAUCAAGCCCAGAAAUUAA